AAGGUGGGGAGAUCGGCAAGAUCAUGACUUAGGCAGCAUCAAGAUGAAGAUUCCUCCGUUUCAAGGGAAAAAUGAUCCAGAUGUGUAUUUGGAGUGGGAAAAGAAGGUGGAAUUGGUGUUUGAUUGCCAUAACUAUUCUGAGGAGAAAAAGGCGAAACUAGCAACGGUGGAAUUUACUGAUUACGCUGUGGUGUGGUGGGAUCAGCUUGUGCUUAGUCGAUGUAGAAAUCGAGAGCAUCCUGUUGACACUUGGGAAGAGAUGAAAGCUGUGAUGAGAAAACGAUUUGUUCCUAGUCACUGCUACUGUGAUCUCUAUCAACGAUUGCAGGGCCUAACUCAAGGGUCCAAAAGCGUUGAGGAUUAUCACAAAGAGAUGGAAAUCGCAAUGGUUAGGGCGAAUGUGGAAGAGGACAGAGAAGCAACUAUGGCACGGUUUCUGCAUGGCUUAAAUCGUGAUAUAGCUAAUGUGGUAGAGCUGCAGCAUUAUGUGGAAUUAAAAGAUAUGGUGCAUAUGGCGUUGAAAGUAGAACAGCAACUCAAGUGUAAAGGAGCCACCACCAAAACUGGGCAAAAUUCAGGUUCCUCAUCUUCUUGGAAACUGAAUUGGAGCAAAAAGGAAGAAAAUUUUGUUUUUAAGCCUAAAACUGCAGUAUCUAAGUCAAAAGAAGUUGGCAGCAAUGAGAAGAGUAAAACAGAUAAUACGCAAGGCAAAAACCGAGACAUCAAGUGUUUUCAAUGCUUGGGAAAAGGGCAUAUUGCAUCGCAAUGCCCUAAUAAGUACACGAUGAUCUUGAAAGAGGAUGGAGAAAUUGAAACAGAGGGUGAAUCUGAUGAUGACUCUAUGCCACCAUUGGAAGAUGUUAAUGAUGGCAUGGAAUAUGUUGUUGAUGGAGAACUGCUUGUCACCAGGCGUGCUUUGAAUGUGCAAGCCAAAGAAGAUGACGAAGUACAACGCGACAACAUAUUUCACACGAGGUGCCAUAUCAAAAAUAAGGUAUGUAGUGUGAUUAUUGAUGGUGGCAAUUGUACUAAUGUAGCUAGCACUGUUUUGGUUGAAAAGCUUAAUUUACCUAUGAAGAAGCAUCCAAGGCCAUAUAAGCUGCAACGGUUAAAUGAUUGUGGAGAAAUUAAGUAUCUUUAGUUUUCAGUUUUUACAUCAAAAAAAAAAAAA